AUCGAAGAGCAAUACGCAAAUCCCGAUUUCGAGAUUGCAUAUUUUAGCGAGAGAGAUGGGGGCAGUGACAACGGCCUUGAUAGCCAUAGCGGCGGUGGCGCUGGGAUGGUGUACAAUCGAGAUCGCGUGCAAGCCCUGUCUCGAGAAAGGUCGCGAAGCCAUAGAUCGCAACCUCAACCCCAAUUACGAUCCAGACGACGAUAUCGACACCGCCGCCACCGUUCGCGCCCCUCUCAAUCCCGAUUACUCUGAAGCUGCCGCCGCCGCUCCCUCCACCGUCGUCAAGGCCGUCUGA